AUGAGCCUCGUCGACGUCUAUUACGCCAACGUGUACAAUGCCUCGCUUUUACUGCAUAAGAGACUGUUUAUUGAAGCAAUAGCAUCCGGUACUGCUCGUCAUCAUCUCGUCCUUAGUGUGUGCGCUUGGGCUUUGAACUUUCAUCGAGACCCUGACGGCCGAUCAGUUCUUUGUAACCACGAUUUCAAGACGGAAUGGGCAGAUCAAGCAGGCAAACUUGCGUUUCAAGAAGUGGAGAACCCAACUGACGAGCACAUCGUCACGUUCAUGAACCUUGCGCUUUUCUGGUACAGUCAGGGCUCAUGGCGCAGAUCUUUCAUUCACAAAGGCAAUGCUGCACAAAUUGCGCAUCUCCUCGGGCUCGCAACGGAUAGACCAGGCAGAGAAGAUCUGUGGGAGUCGGAAAUACGUCGCCGUCGGUUUUGGGCUUGUUAUCUCAUGCAUUGCCAUGCUAUCGAAACGUCUGUCGGGUGGGCAUCUGCUGAAAACACCCUGAAACUCACGUUGCCAUGGACAGAGGAGGAUUUCAAUGCUGGCAUUGCAACCAAUCCCAAAUUGUGUUUAAAGUCUGGGGACAGCAAUGGUGGCAUCUACGGCGAACUAAUCAAAGCCUUGACGUUUUGGAGCGAGGUUAAUGCUCUUGUCAAAUCUGCAGAGUCCAGCACUAGCGAGAGACUUCAGGCAAUCUACGUCCUCGAUGACCGGAUAUCGAAAUGGCGAACCAAGCUUCCAAACUCGCUUCGAUUGACUGUUGAAACGGUUCCAGAGGUACCCGACGAGGCUCUUCCGAACAUCUUGCUCCUCCACAUUGUCUAUCAUCAAUGUCUGUGUGCCCUCCAUGCCUCUCUAGUGCCUCUCUUCUGCUGGAGUGCGGCAGAGGAGACAUGGUCUGUGGCAAGACAGAUGUCGGCCCAGGUGGCUUAUGAAAACGCCUGCGCCGCUUCGGACCUUGUUGAUGCAGUCCUCUCGAGUUUCCCUCGGCUCAAAGCAAUACCAAGUUUCGUCGCUUACGCAGCAUAUUGCGGCGCUGCUAUACAGAUUCCUUUCAUGUGGUCUACCAAUACGACUGUGAGACAGAGAGCGUACAAGAACGUCCGGGCUAACGUCAAGAUGAUACGUACCUUGGCAAAGUAUUGGAAGUUCGCAGCCUUGUUGGAGAGCCAUGUGCGCUACAUUUACCAGAUUCAUGCAAAGCACCCCAUAAUUCUCGAAAACGAACCCAAGUUCAUUGACCCGAAGAAGCUUACGAGCUUCCGCACCAACGCCGUCCAUGCCAGAGAGUCCAUCCUCGGCCACAACCGCAUACUGUGGAUAAAUGGCAAUGUCCUACCCAGGCAGGGCGAAGAGAUCGCGAUGCUUGGGUCUGAGGAGGAGAGCGAUAGCGAGUCUGUCACAGCACGGGCAGCAUUUGAUGUGCGAGAGAGAGACCUCGUGGUAGAGGGCUCAUCAGCGCCUUGUUCGCGUUUGCCUACUCUAGCAGCCGCACCGCUCAAUUGGAGAGGUCUUGACCAAGCGCCACAACGGAGACCUGGAGGAUUGUCGUCAACGGCGAUGUCGUUGCCGUCGCCGUCGCCAUUGCCGUACGCACCACCUGCGCCACCGCAAGCGCCCAUGCGACAAGACCUGCCCGAGAUGAUGCCAUCACUGGACUUUUUCCGCCCCUUCCACGAUCCCGAGAUGCUCGAUCUCUUCCCAAACGGCCAGGCGCUGGACUUUUCGCUCUUUGAAACAGGUGCCCCAAGUCUCGACUUUUUGGACUUGUGGCCUUCCGACCCUACUGAGUGA